AGCCAACUCAAGAAAAGCAAACAGAACAUUAGCAACUCGAAAGAAAACAUUCUUUUGCAUCAAAGAAAGUUUCAGAUAAAAGGAGGUGAAUUUUGUCCAUCACUUUGCCUUUCUAACAACCUUUUGUUUUUGCCUUCUCAAGAAGAUAUUCAUGGAUAGUUCUCAAUGGACUCAGGAAUUUGGGAUGACAAAAUCAAUGGGAGAAGUAACAAGGCCAACAACAUUAAUGGAGAAAAAAGGCGGCAUGAGACCCCCCCAAAAGGAGCAAUCCCCAAACUGCCCUCGUUGCCACUCAACCAACACCAAAUUCUGCUACUACAACAACUACAGCCUCACUCAGCCUCGAUACUUGUGCAAGACUUGCCGAAGGUAUUGGACCGAAGGCGGAACCCUAAGAAACGUUCCUGUCGGCGGCGGCUCGAGAAAGCACAAAAAAACCAUCCCAAACUCGUCCGAUCAUCAAAUGCCCUUUUCGUCACAAAAGUUCGACCUCAACCCACCCACAAUUCCCCAUUUCCCCAUUACUCACCAUCAACAAAACCCUAAAAUCCCCGACCAAGCUCGAGACCUAAAUCUCGGCUUUCAUCAUCAUGACUAUGCCCAUGCGGCCUUGCCGCCUAACUUCCUCGACUAUCCUAAGGUCGAGGGCAAAGACGUCAUUUCGCCACCGUCCGCCCAGCUAAGCUUCGUGAGGAGUGGGAAUAAUAUGAUGAACUCGUUUUUCCCUAAUAAUAGUAAUAAUAAUAAUAAUAAUAAUAAUGGGCUUUUUGGGCCGGGCUUUAUGUUUCAAGAAUGCAAACCCUUUUCUGUGGAUGGGAUCGUUAGUGGGCCGAGUGGAUACGCGAGCUCGAAACCGCCGGUUGAGGAGACACUAAUGUUCAACUUGGGAGAGACUAAACGAGAAUCGAGCACGAGUGAAGCUGAUCAAGAGAAGGGAUCGAAUGAGAAUAAUAAUUGUAAUGGGUUUUGGAAUGGGAUGUUAGGUGGAGGAGGGUCUUGGUGA